UUUACAAAAAUCUGCAACUUAUUCAGUUCUUCAGAAGCAUUUGUGCGUAAAAGCGGUUCCAAACAGAAUGGAAAAUACUAACUCUUUUAACUCAGAGCAAGCUAUGGCUGGUCAGCAGUUAAACCAAGCUCAAGCUCAGUAUCAACAGGCUCAAGCCCAAUUAUCUAAUGCCCAACAGGCUUUAACUCAGUUAGCUGAAGCGCAAUUUGCCAGCUUCCAGCAGGCUCAAGAUCCAUAUCAGCAAUCACAGCAAGCUCAAGCUCAGUAUCAACAGGCUCAAGCCCAAUUAGCUAAUGCCCAACAGGCUUUAACUCAGUUAGCUGAAGCGCAAUUUGCCAGCUUCCAGCAGGCUCAAGCUCCAUAUCAGCAAUCACAGCAAGCUCAAGCUCAGUAUCAACAGGCGCAGGCUUAUCUUGCAGAAGCUCCCUAUCAGCAAGGACAAGCUAACUUUCAGCAAACUCAAGCUCCAUUCCAACAAACUCAAGCUUCUAAUCAGCAAUCACAUCUAGCGCAAGCUCAGUAUCAACAAGCCCAGGCCCAAUUAGCUAAUGCCCAACAGGCUUUAACUCAGUUAGCAGAAGCGCAAUUUGCCAGUUUCCAGCAGGCUCAAGCUCCAUAUCAGCAAUCACAACAAGCUCAAGCUCAAAAUCAACAGGCUUUAUCUCAAUUAGCUAGUGCUCAUCUGGCAGAAGCUCCUUAUCAGCAAGCGCAAGCUAACUUUCAGCAAGCUCAGGCUCAUCUUUCAGAAGCUCCCUAUCAGAAAGCUCCGGCUCCUUUUCAACAGACUCAAGUUUCUAAUCAGCAGUCACAUCAAGCUCAGUAUCAACAGGCCCAGGCACAAUUAGCAAACGCCCAGAAAGCUUUAGCUCAGUUGGCUAGUGCUCAAGCCCAAUUUGCUAAUGCCCAGCAGGCUCAACAGGCUCAACAACAGGCUCAACAACAGGCUCAACAGGCUCAGGCUCAACUGGCUCAUGCUCAGCAGGCUCAACAGGCUCAACAGGCUCAGGCUCAGCAGGUCAACGUCCAGAAGACACAAGCUAAGUCAAAGCAAAAGAAGCAUUAA